AUGGUGCGUCUCAGCAGUGUCCAAGCGAAAGCUCUGCGCCGCCUGCAGAACCAGGCUGCAGUCCAAGCACCACCGAAACCCAAAUGGCCCAGCAACGUCGGCAAGCCCGUGUACCUCAUCCCAGCAGUCUUGAUCGGCUCAAUCGGACAUUCACCACGAAAUAAAAAAGAACCAGAACUAAUUCCCCGUCUCAUUAGACCUCAAUUCCGCGUCGCUCUAGUUCGAACCCCCAACCUCACCCCCCGAUAUGCUCAAUUCCGCGUCCCCCUCAACUUCAACAAGUUCGACCUCCGCAGCUACCUAUGGCACUUGUACGGAGUCGCAUCUCUCGGCAUCCGCAGUUACGUCCAGGCACAACCAAUCACACGAGUUUCGCGCGAUGGAAAGGGUUUCGGCCCGUGGCGUCGACCUAAGUCGCAGAAGCGCAUGACCGUUGAAUUGAAGGAGCCCUUCGUGUACCCCGAGGCGCCCAAGGAUCUGACCCCAUGGGAGCAUGAAAGCUGGGCAAAGGCCGAGCAGUUCCAGAUCGACCUACAAGAAAAGGAGAACCCUAAGCCGAACAAGGGUGAAAAGCCUGAUCAAGAGUUGCGCAAUGCCUACAAGGAGCAGGCCCAGGCACUGCUCGAGAAGAAGGAGACUUGGCGACCAACCUGGAAGGCUUUGGGCCUGGAGCCACGCAAGGUCACUAAGAAUGGAGGGUUCAUCGCUUCUUCUACGCUGCCGGCUUGGUAUACUAAGGGUCGGAAGCACGGAGCGCGGUAA